GGGGGCUCGGCUAAACGACGGCCGAGGUUCACGAAAAAGACCCUGAAGAUGCAGGAAAUCAAACAGAUUGUCCCGCUUCUACUUCAUAAUUCCACGGGAUCUCUCGCUAUCAUUCUGCCACAUUGGCGCCUUCUCCCCGGAUCCUCGCCUACCUUGCGAGCAAAGGACGGUUGCCCGUUUCUUCCAACGCAACCAUGGCUCUCGUGCCUUCGCCCCCUAAAGACAAAUACCCCCCCGCAGCGCCUGAUAGAUUUCCUUUCGUCGAACCCCCGCCAGUUGUCAUAACGCCUUGCGAUCCUUGGCCCCCGCCUUAUUACCUCGAAGAUGGCCUGCGUAAAGUGAAACCGUACCAUUUUACCUACAAUACUUUCUGCAAGGAACGAUGGCGUGGACGGGAGAUUUUAGAUAUCUUUGCUAGCGAAUUUCGGGACAGGCCUACUGAGUACUAUAAAAAGGCAAUCUUAGAAGGCAGGGUUGUUUUGAACGGAAAACAAGUGCCCGGUCUUGAUACGAUUGUGAAGAACGGUGAUGUUAUUUCGCACACACUGCAUCGACACGAACCGCCCGUAUCGUCAAAGGCAAUUGGAAUCGUACACGAAGAUGAUGAUCUUAUCGUCAUUGACAAGCCGGCUGGUAUGCCGGUACAUCCUGCAGGGCGUUACAAUUUCAAUUCUAUCAUCGAACUCAUGAGGGCAGAUCGUGGUUACAGUUGGAAUCCUCUACCCUGCAACAGGUUGGAUAGGCUCACGAGUGGUAUCAUGUUCAUCGGGAAGCAUAAACAAGCUGCUGAAGAUAUGAGCGCUCAGAUUCGUGGCAGGACAGUUAAGAAGGAAUACAUUACAAGAGUCGUGGGCGAAUUCCCAGAAGGGGAGAUCGUGUGCGAGAAACCUAUCCUCCAGAUCAGUCCUAAAUUGGGUCUUAACCGUGUGCGAGCAAACGGCAAGGAAGCAAAAACUGUGUUUAAGAGACUGGCAUAUUAUCCACCCAAGGAUGACAAGUCGGAAUAUGCCAACGAGAAUUUCGAGCAAACCAGCUCGCAGGAGAGUCUAGCUUGGCAAAAGCUUCGUGGCUAUUCUAUUGUCCGAUGCUUUCCCAUAACCGGUCGAACCCAUCAACUACGCGUACAUCUCCAGUAUCUGGGUCAUCCCAUUUCCAACGAUCCCAUCUACGCUAAUCAGCGCGUUUUUGGACCGUCCCUUGGGCGUGCGCAUUCGGAGGACGAAAAUGAAGAGGAUAUUAUGACACGUCUCAACCGCAUGGGCAAGGAGGAAGUCGCGGAUGCCGUUGCGUAUCAUGAUGAAAUGGUUGAUCAGUACAACAAGCGCAAGGCAGAGAAGAUGACGGGCGAGACCUGCGAAGUUUGUGAUACGCCAUUAUUCAGCGAUCCUGGAGCCCACGAAUUAGGUAUAUACCUACACGCGAGAAGGUACCGCUGCGAAGAAGGUAAAUGGGACUACGAGACUGGGCUACCAGACUGGGCCCUUCCUCCCCCAGGCGCAGACGCAGAUGCCCCUACAGAGCCUACUGCAGAGUCAGAUCCUUUGGCUGUCGAUCUUCAGAAGCUCGGAUUGGAGGACGGUGACGAGAAAAAUGCAACUUCCUCGGCUGAGCCAGUAAAGAAAAGUGCUUGAUUGGCGGCUUCAGAUUAGCCAUAGGUUGCAGCAGCGAUUGGCUCACAAAAUGGUAACAAGGCAGAUGUUGACUUUGCAAGCAAUAUUGGUAUCAAUUGUAUGCCAAAUCGCUACUACCAAUUACUGCUCUAGAACUUGAGCUCAACUGCUGCGCCUUUGUUCUCGCCACUUCGUAGGCCGGCCUCGAGGAGCUCCAGAUCCUUCAGUGCCUCUUCGGGACUCUGUUCAGAGUUUGCCUCUCCCUUGACUAGGCCCUCAGCCCAUGCCUUGACUUCCUGCUUAACACCAUUACCCUCAUCGGGGAACUCUUGGACCUCUUCCUGUCCAUCCUUUUUCACUACUACCUUCCCUCGAGUGACUGUCACUGUGC